UCUCUAUCUCCCUUUCAUCACCUUAUUUCACUGACCUUUUCCUACUCACUGAAAAAAACCCUUGUUUUUCCCUUCUUCUUCUUCUUCUUCUCUCUCCGUCCAUAGCCAUAGACGAAGAAGAGAAGUUGGCGGCGGAGCUAUGUCGGGUCUAUAUAAUCCUAACUUCUCUCCGGCAAGAGCGCUUUCUCCUCAGAUUAGAAGUGCUCCAGAUGUGGAAAGUAAUCAGUAUUUGGCAGAGUUGUUGGCGGAAUAUCAAAAGAUUGCACCUUUCGUGCAGAUUCUACCGAAUUGUAGCAGACUUUUGAAUCAAGAGAUUUUACGAAUUUCAGGAAUGGUGCCCAACCAAGCCUUUGGUGACCUUGACAGAUUGCAGCAUAGAAGCCCAAGUCCUAUGGCUUCUUCAAACAUCAUAUCUAAUGCUGCAAGGAAUGUGAUGGGGGGCUGGAAUGGUGGCCUUCCACAGGAGAGAAUGAGUGGACCACCUGGAAUGACGAUGGACUGGCAAGGGGCCCCAGCAAGUCCUAGUUCAUACACUGUGAAGAGAAUUUUGCGUUUCGAUAUUCCUGUAGAUACUUAUCCAAACUUCAACUUUGUGGGGCGGCUUUUGGGACCUAGGGGCAAUUCCCUAAAACGAGUUGAAGCUACUACAGGAUGCCGGGUUUACAUUAGAGGAAAAGGGUCUAUCAAAGAUCCAGACAAGGAAGAGAAGCUUCGUGGAAGGCCAGGUUAUGAGCACUUGAACGAGCCUCUUCAUAUCUUAAUCGAGGCUGAUUUACCUGCCAACAUCAUUGAUACAAGGCUAAGGCAGUCACAGGAAAUUAUAGAAGAAUUACUCAAACCUGUGGAUGAGUCUGAAGAUUAUAUUAAGAGACAGCAAUUGAGAGAGCUAGCUUUGUUGAACUCCAACUUCAGGGAAGACAGUCCUGGUCCAAGUGGAAGCGUCUCUCCUUUCAACACUAGUGGCAUGAAACGUCCCAAAACUGGACGUUGAGACCCUCGUUGUUCAUCUGUUAUGCUGAAUGGCUUCGUUGGAUUUCCUGUCAGAUGGGAGCUUUAGAAGAAACUUCAAUUAAAACCUCUUUCUGGAGAUUUUCCAAGAGACAGAAAAGAUGUUGUUGGCUUGACAUGUCAAAAAGGAAUUGGUGAUAUUUCUGGUAGGUGCUGCUGAAUCUGUUUUGGUUUUGUAACUUUGAAUCAAUAGAAAGUAUUAAAUGUGCAGAAUGAUGGUGAUGAUGAAGAAGAAAACCCUAAAAAAAAGAGUGCUGAAUAUAUUUUGGUGUAUACUUAUUGGUAGGUGUUAGUAUAUUAUUAUGUUUUAACUAAAUUCAUUGGAUUUAUUCUUGUGUAGUGUGUUAUAUAUUUUAUAUAAAUCUUUUGACAUUGUUUUGGAUAAUGAAGUCAUACAUAUCAUUCUAUUAAAAGUUGAGAAUUUCAUUUUGUUUGA